AUGGAUUUUUCACAACUUCCGGAUAUUAUCAGUGUGCUUGUCAGGCCAAAUAACCCCCCACGAGAUGAUCUCGAAGAAAUGGACUACACACGAUGUGCAGCUCUCCACAACUACCUGUUCCAAUAUGCCUGGCUCGCUGAAGGCCGCCCACUGGAAACUCUAGAUGCCAACAGCAGCUUUUUCACGGGCUCCGGUGACGUAGAUGAAGCUGGGGCUUGCCGCCCAAGGCUUCAUCCGUCAUUGGCGGCAUUCCUUGACACUACUAUCAUGCCCCCUUUUCCUUUUGAUAAUCCUCACGAAUAUAUCCCGUUCUCAGUUUUUACAUGGGGUAUCGAUGAGCCAUCAAGGCUUUUUGAGGAAGAUACAGCUGAUCUGCAGAAUCAGCCCGUUGACAGCCUGAACCCCCUAGAGAGACUACUCACCAACUGGGUUGACCUUAUUCAUAUUGGAAAAGUUGUAGCUUCGCCUCAUGAAGAGCCAGCCCUGUUCGGCUGCGAGAAGGUUGGGCCCUGGGAGUGGCGGCCUUACAGCGACGCCCAGGUAACUACAUGUGUCACUGAGUGGGAUCGGUUGUGUCAGGCCAUUACGGCGCGCAUCUCGCCGCUGUCAAACCCACCACUGACCGGGACUGAUACGGAUAACUUAGAGCCGCUGGUUGCAUCAAGCGUCCUGGACGCUGCUUGGGUGCCCGACCCUUCCUUUGCGCGUUCGUUUCUGACGCAGGCAAGACGGCCUCAGUUCCGCUACAUUGCUCCAGGCCUUCUUCUUCCUCCAGUUGACGCGGCUGGAUUUGUAGCCGCACGGCCGUUUAGCGUCUUGCCCCGCUCCGAGUACACCGCACCACCAGUAUGUCUUUUCCCGGCUGAUACAGGAGACCAGCCUCCUAUCUAG